AUGGCCCUGGACAGAACCCUCCUGCUCUUCCCCCUACUGGCAAUGGUAGUGGUGGGACUGGUCUCAUCAGAGUCUGCAGCAGAGAAGUUUCGGCGGCAGCACGUGGACACAAACGGCUUAGACUUCGAUGACAAUACUUACUGUAACCAGAUGAUGAAAAGCAGGGGCAUGACCAAAGGGAGUUGCAAGGUAUUCAAUACCUUCAUAAUGGAGUCCAUCUUGAAGAUCCAGGCUAUAUGCUGGAAUAAAAAGCUCCCAUGCAAGCACAAAUUCUUUAACUGCCACAUGAGCGGUGAACCUCUGAAAGUCACUGAAUGCCAAGUAAAGGGUAACUCCAAGGACUCCCCAUGCAAGUAUAAGACUAGAAAUGACAAGAAAUGUGUCAUUGUGGCCUGCCAUGGGUGGCCCCCUCUGCCUGUGCAUCUCGAUUCUUCAAAAGGUGAUAGUUGCCAGGGACAACCCUCCAUCUAA